GCGACCGAGGCGGGCGGCCAAGUUUGGGGGUUCAUUUCUGCCGAAGUCCGGUGGAGUUGGGAGGAGGCGCCGGAGGUCUCGGCGUCGUCGUCAUGGGAGCGUGCCUGGGAGUCUGCUCGGUGCUGAGCUGCGUAUCAUGUCUCUGCGGCUCGGCUCCUUGCCUUUUGUGCGGCUGCUGCCCUUCUACAAAGAACUCCACCAUCACUCGCCUGUGUUUCACCUUGUUCCUAUUCCUGGGCACCUUGGUCUCGAUUAUCAUGAUCGUUCCUGGAGUAGAGGCUGAGCUCCACAAGCUUCCUGGAUUCUGUGAAGGAGGCACUUCAGUUCUGGGCACCAAUGGGAAAGUCAACUGCAAGUCCUUCCUGGGUCAUAAAUCUGUGUACCGCAUGUGCUUUGCAACGGCAGCUUUCUUUUUCCUGUUUGCCUUGAUGAUGGUUUGUGUGCGGAGUAGCAAAGAUCCAAGGGCGUCGAUACAGAACGGGUUCUGGUUUUUCAAGUUUCUGAUACUGAUUGGAAUAACCGUGGGGGCCUUCUAUAUCCCCGAUGGACCCUUCACAUCUGUUUGGUUCUACUUCGGAGUGGUCGGUUCUUUCCUCUUCAUCCUGAUCCAGCUCAUCCUGCUGAUUGACUUUGCACACUCCUGGAGUCAGAUUUGGCUGCACAACGCGGACGAAGGCAAUGCCAAAUCCUGGUAUGCAGCCCUCUUCUUCUUCACCUUCCUCUUCUACGCCGUAUCCAUCGCAGCCGUGGUGCUCCUCUACGUGUAUUACACAAAAACAGACGGCUGUACGGAAAACAAGGCGUUGAUCAGCCUCAACCUCAUCUUCUGCGUUGUGGUCUCUGUGCUGUCCAUCCUGCCCAAGAUUCAGGAUGCACAGCCCCAUUCCGGCCUGCUUCAAGCCUCCGUCAUCACCCUCUACACCAUGUUCAUCACCUGGUCAGCCCUCGCCAAUGUGCCAAACAAAUACUGUAACCCAACUCUCUUGGUACGAGUGGAGAACAACAGCACAGCAACUGUGGCAAAUGGUGAACAGUUGACGCAAUGGUGGGAUGCUCCAAGCAUUGUGGGAUUGGUGAUAUUUGUCUUAUGUACUCUUUUCAUAAGCAUCCGGUCCUCUGAUCAUGCCCAGGUGAAUAAGAUGAUGCUGACGGAGGAGAGCCCAGCCAUGUUGAGUGGUGAUAACGCAGGCUUGGACGAUGGGGUGCACCAGGCUUACGACAACGAGCAGGAUGGAGUGUCAUACAACUACACCUUCUUCCACAUCUGCCUCCUCUUGGCUUCCCUCUACAUCAUGAUGACCCUCACUAACUGGUACAGACCUGAUGAACAUCAGCAGAAGCUCACCAGUCCAUGGACUGCCGUCUGGGUGAAGAUCGCUUCUAGCUGGGCAGGGCUGCUUCUCUACGUAUGGACGCUGAUUGCCCCCGUUGUGCUUCCAGACCGAGACUUUGGCUGAAAAACAAGCAAAACAGAUCUUCCUUCCCCCUGGCAACAGAAGGAGGAUCCAAGUUUCUGGACUUGAAUUCAGAUCUGGGCUCUGGUCCCUGUGGGUAUCACAGCUGCCUGCUGUUCUCUUGUUCUUCUGCAUUCAGACUCGUGCCUUUCCCUCCCUCCAUUUCUAGUCCAACGAUGCCAAAAAAGGGAACUUCUGCUGCUUGUGCGAAAUGCUAGAUGUGUAAGAAAAUAUAAUAGGAUGAAAGUGUUUGCCACUGUUGGUAAUGACCUCGGAGCAUGUUAUGUGAUAACUAAGGAAACCCAAAAUGUUCCAUCUGGUCUUUUUUUCCUAAAGAAUGUUCAGAAUAAUCAUUUUAAAACGUAGCUGUUUUAAAGUAGCUCUCCUUUAC